AAGAAUACUGACUUGCGAUGGAUGAGAUGCUUCAGUGAGCUCUUGUCGUAACCAAUGUCUAAAAACUGGGCUUUUUAUUAACAUCUCAGAAGUCAUAAAGGGGCAGAUUUUACACUCUCCCUCUCAAUCUACAGACCCUUGAGAAUGAUGGAAAAUUUAACAUAUGUUACAACUUUUAUACUUGUUCCCUUUAAAGACAUGGGGAACGCUAAACAUUUAUAUUUUGUGGCUGCACUAAUUGCAUAUCUUUUAAUGCUAUCUUUUAAUCUCUCUUUAAUUCUGCUGAUAGUUUUGGAAAAAAGCCUUCAUGAGCCUAUGUACAUUUUUCUAUGCAAUUUAUUGAUCAGUGCUCUAAUUGGCUCCACAACUUUUUAUACAAAAUUAUUGAUUGACCUUCAAACAGAUGUUCCAGUAGUUUCUCGUUCAGUUUGUUUUACUCAGAUUUUUUUUCUUUAUGUUUAUUUCGCUGUGGAAAUUACAAUUUUAACUGUUAUGGCAUAUGAUAGGUUCAUAGCAAUAAAUGUUCCACUAUUAUACAGUACUAUCAUUUCAAAUACAAAAGUGGCAAUGUUAAUUUUUCUUGCUUGGAUAUAUCCAGUUACUGGUAUGAGUAUUUUGGUGUCCCUUUCUAGCAGUCUCCAAUUAUGUGGAAAUACGAUUAAUACAGUGUACUGUAAUAAUUGGGAAAUUGUAAAGUUAUCUUGUACAGACACUAGUGCUAAUAAUAUUUAUGGAUCUGUGGGUUUCGGUAUUUUUUUAUUGCCUAUUCUCUUCAUUCUUUAUUCAUAUAUAAAAAUCCUUGUUUUGUGCUGGAAUAGGUCCCGAUCUUACAAAUCUAAAGCUUUCCAAACGUGCCUUCCACAUUUAGUUACAUUCACCUUCUUUUUAUGUUCAACAGUAUUUGAAUCAACAGAGAGCCGAACGCAUUUAAAAAGAACAUCAGACUUGGUCAAUACCAUUGCUUCUUUAGAGUUUGUCAUAAUUCCCCCUCUGUUAAACCCUUUGAUAUAUGGAAUGAUUUUACCUGAAAUACGCAAAAGAGUCACUUACAUUUUUUCAGGCAAAAAACAAACACUACCAGACCAAUAAACUAAGUUUCUGCUCCAAAAUAAAAUAAUAAAUAAUGAAUUGUUUAUUCUGUAUUCAGAAUAGACAUUACCAGAAGCUACA